CAGAAAUUCAAAUUUUUUUUUUAAGAGUUUUGGAAAAAUAAUAUUUUAUUGCAAUAGAAUAUUAACUAGGGCAGUUAAAAAGCAUAGUCGUAUUGUUGAAAUCGAAGCACUGCAAAUUUGUGCAGCCCUGGAAGUCAGCUGAUCAUUUACCACAAACUUUGAUUGUGAAUGCUUUGCAAAUAAGAGCACAUUUGAAACUGGUGUAUUUUGUGUUAUUCCUCGAAUAUUUAAUCAAAUUAAAAUGGAAAACGAAGUUGAAGACAACAUUGACAUGAGUCACGCUGAAAUGCUUGAAUUUUGGCUAGCAAAUAAUCGGCAAACCGAAGGCCUCGCUAAUUUUGUGCUGCAGCAAAGUCACAGGAAGCUUAACCAAAUCAUGGAGGAGUCAAUUCGAAAGAAAAUUAAGAACUUUGUUGCUUAUGUAAAUUUUCAUUUAAACAAAUGUAAUCGAAUGGUUACAAGAUUUAAAACGAAACAUCAAAGUUGGCUUUCAUCACGUAUGCAACUACAAUUAAAAGCAUGUAACUUUGUUGAUGAAUCCGCCAAAACUGUUGGACGUCCACGGUUAUGCUACGACGAUGGUAGUUCUCGCUUAAAGCGCAAAUUAGCAGCAGAGGUUUCGGCAGACAAUGGCAAUAAUGCAAAUCUUCUUGUCCAUGCUGCAGCGGUCGCUGCAAAGAAGGCGCAUUUAAAAAACGUGGAAGAAGAAAAAAAGGAAGCUAAACGUGUACCUUAUACUCCAGAAGAAGCCUUAGAUUUUCUAAUAGAAAACAGCUUUACUAAAAGACAAUAUAUGAACAUAAGACAACAUAGCAAAAACCGGAAUUGCGACAUUUAUCCGAGCUACAAUAAAGUGAUUGCAGCAAUAGAAAAAUGUAGACCUAAAGGAAUAUGUAUUACAGAGUCAGUCGCGUCUGUUCCUUUACAAAACUUGUUGAAGCACAUAGUCGAACGCAUAAUGUUGUUACAAAGCGAAGUGCUUAAUAUAUAUGCUGAUAUUUCUGAAAUGAAACUAAUUGCUAGUUAUGGAUUUGACGGUUCGACUGGGCAAAGUCUCUAUAAACAAAAUUUCGUAUUGGAUGCAUCUGACACGUUGGAUCAGUCUUUGUUUGUAACAACCCUAAUCCCGCUAAAAUUAGUUGAUUCGAUAGGUCGAGUUAUUUGGAUGAACCGCUCUCCGCAGUCUGUGCGAUUUUGCAGGCCUCUUAAAAUUGAGUUCGUUAAAGAAACAAAGACUCAUAUAUUAAAAGAGAAAGCAAACUUGGACUUGGAAAUUCAAAAUUUAUUGCCGAUGGUAUAUGAAGAUGCGAACAAACAAAGCUAUACCAUAAGUUUUGAGCUGAAAAUGACUUUAAUUGACGGAAAAGUCCUGAAUAUCUUAACUGGAACUAAUUCAACCCAGUCUUGCCCAAUCUGUGGAGCUAAGCCUAUGCAAUUUAUGACAAUAACUGAUCUGGAGUCGGAUAACUUUAUUCCAAAAAGCCCACAAGCGCUAGAAUACGGAGUAAGUCCUCUACACGCGUGGAUUCGGUUUUUCGAAUUUGUUCUUAAAAUUGGAUAUAGGAUUGGUAUCAAUAAAUGGCAAGUACGUGGCCCUGAAGACAAAGAAAAAAUGUCUGCGCGGAAAGUGGAAAUUCAAGGCAAAUUAUGGGCGGUUCUUGGACUUCAUGUCGAUAAGCCCAAGGCAAACGGAAGCGGCAGUACAAACGAUGGGAACACAGCAAGAAAAGCAUUUUUGAAUACCGACACAUUUGCGUCAAUACUUGGCUUCGACCCGGAGGUUUUAAGAGACUUCUAUAUUAUAUUAAUCACCAUUUCAUGCAACUUCGAAAUUGAUGUUCAAAAAUUUAAAAAUUUCUGUAAAAAAGCUGGCUCUUUAUACAUGGAAAAGUAUCCUUGGUACCCAAUGUCAGCUACGGUACAUAAAGUACUUGCUCAUGGUGCUCAGAUCAUAGCCGCAUCCUCCCUUCCACUUGGUUGCCUAGCUGAAAAUGCAUCGGAAGCCCGAAAUAAGUUUUAUAAAAAAGAUAGACGUUCACAUGCAAGACAAAAUAGUCGUAUAAAUACCAUGACAGACGUUUUUUGCCGAGCGCUAGAUUCAUCGGAUCCCCUGGUUUCCAGCAUUUAUAUUCAACAAAGGCUGUUGCAAAAUAAAAAACACACUUAUCCAGCAGAAGUUCUUGAGCUUUUAAGAGCUCCAAAUGUAAAUUUCCUAUUUAAUAAUGUCAAUGCAGAUGAUGACGAUAAGGAAGAUGACUUGGACACAUCUGAAUGUAUCGAUAUAUAUUCUUUCGAUUUAGAUGUGGAAAAUGAUUAACAAAAUAAUAAAAAAAAAAUCAUAUUAAAAAAUGCCUUACUAAAAGAAAUAACAUAUAUGUAUAUUAAUUGAUGUUUUACAUAUUUUUUUUUUGGGAAGCUAAAUAUUUUUGGGGGUGGGAGUCUGGUGGGAGAGUGGUAAGGGGUGGGAGAAAUGAAUUGUCAGAUUGUUUAUUCAAAAAGUUAUAUAUACGUUCAAGUUUUGUUGGACAAUGUACCGGAUUUAAAUAUACUCGAAUUUAUAGUUUUCAAGGACAUUAACUUAUAUGGGGCGGCGUAGAGGGCGUGGUCCAAUCGGACUAAACUUUUUCUCAGGCUUAACAUAUACUAUGACAAUAUUGCCUACCAAGUUUCAGGUCUGUAACUCCUUUUUUCGAAUUUCUGCCAAAAUUUUUGGCAUUUGGACCAGUGU